AGAAAAAGAAGAUUGACAUUGCUGUCUGUUUCCCUCAGGUGUAUUCCCCAUUCCAGAAGAAAGUCCAGAGUAAAAUUAAAGAUCUCCUUCAGCAGAUGGAAGAAGGGUUAAAAACUGCUGACCCACAUGACUUCUCCACGUACACAGGCUGGACAGGUAUUGCUCUGCUGUAUCUGCAGCUGCACCGGACGUCCAGUGAAGCUUCCCACCUGCAGAGGGCAUUGGACUAUGUGAAGAGGGCCAUGAGGAGCCUGAAUGGUCGCAAAGUGACCUUCCUGUGUGGUGAUGCUGGGCCACUAGCAGUAGGUGCAGUGGUCCACCACAAGCUUGGCAACACUGGGGACAGCAAUGACUGCCUUACGAG